AUGUCAGAAUCUCAAUACGACGUCAUUGUCGUUGGAGCAGGUCUCAGUGGUCUACAAGCUGCCUACGAUAUUCAACAAGCAGGACUUUCUUGUAUUGUCCUCGAAGCGCGUGAUCGAGUGGGAGGAAAGACCUGGUCUGUUCCAUUGGCCAAUGGCAAAGGAUGUGUCGACAUCGGUGCAGCUUGGAUAAACGAUACGAAUCAAUCGCAUGUGUAUGCAUUAACAAAACGCUUCGGAAUUGAGCUCCUGGAGCAGAACGUCGAUGGAGAUUGUAUCUUUCAGGAUAAAGAUGGCGCUACACAUGCCUUUCCUUAUGGAACGUCACCAAAGUUCUCAGAAGCUCAGGUCACGGAUCUCGAAAGAAUUCGUGAUAUCAUCCAUGACCUCUCAGUAGCUUAUGGCUCAAAAGCCAGUAGCACAGAGAACUACGACCAGAUGUCUUUGGAGCAAUUCGUAAUCAGUAAAGGAGCUACUCAGAAGACAGUAGACAUGGUGCGUGUCUGGUCUCGAGUAAUGACUGGAAUUGAGGCCACGGAGAUGAGUGCCCAAUUUUUCAUCGAGUAUACCGGCAAAGGUGGGGGAUUGAAGCAGUUACGCUCAGAUCAGAAGCACGGUGGGCAGUAUCUGAGAUUUAGGAAAGGAACCCAACAAAUGGCCAUCGGUAUCGCUGCUCUCCUCAAGCCUAGGACAGUCCACCUCUCUACGCCCGUAUCCUCAAUCACUGAUUCCGGCAACCGUGUGACCGUUACCACCACCACAGGUCAAACUUUCAAAUCCAAAAAGCUCAUUCUCAGCAUCCCUACACCACUUUACAAAGACAUCGACAUCUCGCCUCCCUUCACAGGAACCAAAGCCAUCAUCACCUCAAGUACAAUCCACGGCUACUACAGCAAAAUGAUCCUCUGCUACGACACACCCUGGUGGACCAACCCCUCCUCCACCAGCCCCAAAUCCUGCGGCCUCGCAAUAUCCUACCAAACCCCCGCCGCCGUCAUCAGAGACACAUCCGUCCCUGCAGAUGGCCACUACUGCCUAACCUGCUUCGUCGGCGGGGCUCCCGGCCUCGCCUGGUCCAAACUACCACAGCACGAACGCCGUGCUCAAGUCCUAGCUCAAGUCUCCAACAUCUACAACAAUAAAGAGGAAGUGUAUAAGCUAGUGGAGAUCUUUGAGCAAGAGUGGAGUAAGGAGCAGUAUAGCAAGGGGGCGCCUUGUCCGGUCACGGGGCCUGGUGUGCUUACUAGUGUGGGUGGGUCGAGUGCGUUGAGGGAGGUGGUAGGGAAUCUGCAUUUUGUGGGCACCGAGACGAGUGGGGUUUGGAGUGGGUAUAUGGAGGGUGCAGUGAGGAGUGGGGUGAGAGGGGCGGAGGAGGUGGUGAGGAGUUUGAAGCGGGAGGUUUUGAGAGCGACGCUGUAA